AUGGGACCAAAAAAAAACAAUAGGAAUAAAUCCAAAAAUAACACCAAUACCACCAGUGUUAAGCCUAAAGUUGAUGAAGAAAUUUUAUCACAAGAUCCAGUUUCAACUGAAGAUACACCAACUCUUUUAUCACCUCCAUCAGAAAUUACACCAGAUGAACCAUCUUCAAUAGUUGAAGAGAAUAAAAAACAAAAUAAUGAUAAUAAUAAUAAUGAGAGAAAAGAUAAUAUAGUUGAAUCUGUUGAAGAAAAAGAAUUAAUUUGUAAUAAUAAUAAUAAUGAAAAUAAAGAUGAAAAUAAUAAUAAUAAAACUACAACUGCUACUACCACUACCACUACCGCCACUACAAAUGUAAAAUUAGAAAAUAAUAAUAAUAAUAACAAUAAUAUAAAUAAUGAAAUUAAAGAAAUUAUUAAUGAAGAUGAUGAUGAUAAUAAUAAUAAUAAUGAAAUAAAUAAAGAUUGGAAAACAUUAUAUUUUAUAACAAGUAAACAAAUGAAUUUAGAAAGAAUUAAAACUGAAACAUUAGAAAGUUUAAUUAUUCAAAAGGAUAAAGAGAAUCAACAAUUAUUGGAACAAGUUACUAGAUUAGAAACAGAAUUAUUAACUGAAAGAAGAAGAAUCAAUAGAACCGUUGGUACAAUUAGACAUGGUACAAGAAAACUUUUAAGUACUGUUAAAUUUGAUCAUAAUAUUGAUAUCGCUUCAAUCAUUGAUGAUUUAAAUAAUAUUGACUCCUCAAUUUCUGCAUCACCCUCAUUCGCUGAUGACUUAAAUUUAACAUCUGCUUCAAUCCUAAAUUCAAAUAGUAAUAGUUUCUCUGAUUUCAGUUCUGAUCAAUUAUUAAAUAAAUUGAAUAGUUAUCAUAAUUCAUCUUCAUCUUUAAAUAGUAAUACUAAUAAUAAUAAUAAUAAUAAUAAUAAUAGUCAUCACCAUCAUCAUCAAAAUAAUAGUAUUGAACGUUCAAUUAAUUUAAGUAAUGGUCCUAGUAUUGGUGGUACAAUUAGAUUAUCAACAUCAACUAAUUCUGUUAAUUCAAUUAGUGUUGGUAGUGAUUCCGGUAAUAAUGCAACCACUACUACUGCUACUACUACUGCAACCAAUACCAAUGCCAAUGCUACAUCAACAACAUCAACAUCAUUAUCAACAACAACAACAACAACAACUACAACAACAGCAACAUCACCAACCAUUACAAUUAAUCCACCACCAUUACAAAGGGAUUAUAUUGAAUGUAUUACAGUUGUACAAUCAUUAGUUAGAAGAUGGUUAGCAAGAAAGAGAUACAAGAAAUUAAGAACCAAGAGAGCAAUCGUUGAAGAAUUAUUUGAAACUGAAUCAACCUAUGUCAAUCAUUUAUCAAAUCUUUUAAAGAUUUUCAUCAAUCCAUUAAAAGCUAAAAAAGGUGAUUCAAUCUUACCAGCUGAUGAUUUUGAUCAAAUCUUCUCUUCAAUUCAAACAAUCUAUAAAACAAAUUCUUACUUUUUAGAUCAAGUUGAUGAAAUAUUUAAAAAGUUUAAUAAAUGGUCAUGUUUUGGUGAAAAAGUUUUAAAAUUAGUACCAUUAUUUAAUUGUUAUAUAGAUUAUAUUAUAAACUUUGAAUGUUCACAAAAAUAUUUAAAGAAAGCGUUAAGUAGUAAUUCAACAUUUGCAAACUUUGUUAAACAAGGUAAUGCCAAGAAAGAAUUGGAUGAUUUAGAUCUUGAAGAUUUAUUGAUUAUGCCAGUUCAAAGAAUUCCACGUUAUAUUAUGUUAUUCAAAGAGAUUAGAAAGUUUACACCAUUAUAUCAUAACGAUUUCAGUGGUAUCGAUAAGACAUUGGAAGCAUUCAAAGCAUUUGCUCAAAAGGUAAACACUCAAUCUGGUUUCAGAAAAAAGGUUUUACAAUUGGAAGAUAGAAUUUUAAAUUAUAAAGAUGAUAUCACUUCAAACUCUAGAAUCCUUUUAAGAGAGGGUCCUUUGAAAUUUAAAAAAUCAAGUGAAUAUGUAUUUUUAUUUAAUGAUAUGAUUUUAGUUUGUCAUCCAUCACAUUCUAAAAAAAAUAAAUCAAAAUUAUCAUUAGGUACACCAGUAACUACUGUAAAUAAUAAUAAUAAUAAUAAUAAUAGUAAUAAUAAUAGUAAUAAUAGUAAUAAUAAUAAUAGUAGUAGCAGUAAUAAUAAUAAUAAUAAUAAUAGUGGUAAUGGUAAUACACCAACAUCAACAACACCAAUUAUUAUAUCAACAAAUCCACCAUCUUCACCACCAACUUUAAGAGAAACAACAUCAAGUAUGAAUUUACUCGAAAACUCUCAUUCAUCAACUGUAGUUAAUGUUUUAGGUUCAAGUAAUGGAAGUAAUCAAUCAUUGAACUCAUUGGUUGUUAAUGAAUUCCAUAGUAGUAAUGUUGAUAUUAAUUUCAAAUUCUUACAAAAAUAUCCAUUAGAUUCAAGAGUUAAAAUCAUUCAAGAUUUAACUGAACCAAAAUUCACCGUUUUAGUACCAGACUCUUACAGUAUUGACUUUUUCGCAACUACAAUUGAAGAAAGACAAGUUUGGGUUUCUGAAAUUAAUAAAUUACUUACCGUAAUUUCAAAUAAUUGUUUGGAUAAAGCAAAUUUAGAUCUUAUAAAUUCUUUACAAUAA